GCAUGGUAUACACCUAUAGACUUGAUUCCAGCCGAUGCCCAGUGGACCACGGGCAUCUGCGAGCAGGCGGUCCAAGGAACCAAGAUGCUCAUGAGUAAACUUUCUGAGGAAGAGCCAAGCAUAACUUCCGAGGAGGCCCUGCGCCACGCCAUUCGGACCUUCAACGAGAGGGAGCAGAUUCGGGGUUUCAGUCCGAUACAGCACGCUUUUGGACGGAGCCCAGACGCUACAGGCCGCCUGGGCGGAGGGCCACAGGAGCUUCCCGAUGAGCUACUCGUGGAAGCUUCCACAGCGGACUUUGAGAGGACUGUGGCUCGCCGGGCCUCCGCGGAGAAGGCCCUAGCAGACUGGCAGGCGGCACAGCGCUUGAGUCGAGCCGCCAACUCCCGCACGAGACGCAAGAUGCGUCACAGGGACGGACGGCUCCAGGAAGCCGUCGUGGACGUUUUCUGGGGCCAGCUCGUGUCUUGGCCUUGGAGCGGAAGCCGGGACAAGACGGAGUCUCACGAGCUGGCAAUGCUAUCUGGCUUGUACGCGGCCGGCUCGCAGUACGAGGACAUCUCCAUGGAAGUGCCCGAGGACCAGGAAUGGCAUCGUGCACAAGAUCAGAAUGAGGAGGACAUCCAGACUGGGACGAGCCAACCCAGCCGAACGGGUCCCUUCGUGGACGAGAGGGCGCACAGCGCCUGGUGGCACGAGGUCAAGGAGGAGAACGCCGCGAUCGCCAUCGAGGUCCCGAUGGCAGAGAGCAAGCGCGGUACCGCGCAGGCCGAGAAGGAGGAGUUCAAGAACGCCAAGGCAACGGAAGUUAAGAACUUCAUAGGGGCCCAAGCGUUCGAGGCACUUCCGGAUGAAAUGAAGCCGUCAAGGGAGCAAGCAAUCUCGAUGCGAUGGCGAAAGCGAGGGCGGUGCUGCUGGGAUAUCAAGACCCUGGCUAUGAACACCGCUCGACCAUGCACAGCUCCCGUCAUGACGCGGCAAACCCGUCAGUUGAUGUUGCAAGUUGCUGCAAAUAAAGACUGGCGCGUGUUCAAAGGAGAUGUGUCUGGAGCGUUCCUUCAAGGCCGGACCUACCCGGACAAGCUGUACUGCAUCCCCUGCAAAGAGAUCUGCGAGGCUAUGGGGAUACCAGAAGGAAGCAUCACGAGAGUACGCCGAGCUUGCUAUGGUUUGGCGGAUGCACCUUUGGAGUGGUAUCGUACGGUAGCAGAAUUCUUGGAGUCUUUGGGACUACAGCGGUUGUGGUCGGAUGCCUGCUCGUGGGUCUGGCGGCCCAAUGGUGUCUUACGAGGAAUGAUCGCAGGCCAUGUUGACGACUUCUUGUUCGGAGGCCGAGAGGGCGAUGCCGAGUGGCAAGAAAUCCUCCGCCGAAUAAAAGAGAAGUUCAAGUGGCGGAAGGACCUGAAGGCUCCGACGACGGAACGUGAGCGAAGCCAGCUGAAAGCUCUCUUGGGGGCCUUGAGCUGGCACGCGCAGCAAAUAGCUCCCCACGUAGCCUUUGCCGUAGGAAUCCUGUUGUCUGAAGUCAAUAACAGCUCUGUGCAAACCAUCAUUAGUGCUAACACCCUUCUGGAAAGUGUGAGAGCCCGUAAGGACCACUGCCUUCGUAUCCACAAGUUCUCGGAACAAGAGGAGCUAGGAGUGUUUGGUUGGGUUGAUGCUGCAAGCCAGAACAGGCCUGAUGGAGGAAGCACCCAGGGGCUUAUCAUAGGACUGGCACCUGUGUCCCUGAUGCAAGGAGAGCUGACUAAGGCAGCGGUGAAUGGAGAAGACUCCAUUUACUACAUGCGUUACCAGUGGAGUGAGAUCGUGCACGAUGUGGCCGACGCAAGAGACCCAGAGGGUUGUGUUCGGAGGGUGUUAGGAUGCCUCAUAUCGGACUCUAGGAAUGUGUAUGACAAACUUCAAACAGAAGUUCUCAGCAUAAAAGGGGCCGAGAAGCGGUCCAACCUGGAGCUCUUGAGUCUCAAGGAGGCACAGCAGCGGACUCAGCUCCAGAUCCGAUGGGUUCAUUCUGAGGCCCAGUUGAGCAACCCUUUGACUAAGUUAGGCAACCAGAAGGAACUGGAGUUGUUCUACCGCAUGGGCUGUGUUUGGCGGAUCGUCGAAGACCCGCAGAUGCGCUCA